AUGAUGAAGCUGCUUCUUUCUCUGACUCUCAUCUGGACGCUCUCCAGCACAGGUGAAGCACUUGUGUGUGAAACUUGCACAGAUGCUGCCUGUUCAACCACAGUACCAGUUACAUGUUCCACAGAAACGAUGUGUAUCACAGCUUCCAUUCAAGUCGUUACAUUUGGGACUCCUGGACAGCAAAUCUACAAGGCCUGUGCCCCCCCCUCCCUGUGUCCAUCCACAGGCUCUCAGAUAUUUUCAGUUAACUUGGGUGUUUCGAGUGCACUUGCAAAUGCUGCAUGCUGCAGCACAGACAGCUGCAACUCCAACACUCUGCCUUUCCCUGUGGUUCCAGCAGUUAACAGUCUACAGUGUCACCUUUGUAACCCCGUCACCUCUGAUUGCAGCUCUUCAAUCCAAUGUAGGGGGACAGAGGAUCGCUGCUUUCAAGCCACUGUGACAAAUGGGGCCGUCACUUCUCCAGCUUUUGGCUGUGCAUCUACAAAUCAGUGUGCAGUUGCUGCCAGCCUGGGGUCACUGGCUUUCAUGCAAGAUGUUGAUAGAAUUACCAGGCCAGCAUGUUGUGCGACUAGUUUGUGUAACUCUCCAACAACCACUAUCCCAACUACUCCAACCACAGCAACUUCAGCCCCAACUACCCCAAAAACAACAACAACAACCCCGACCACGCCAUCCCCAGUGUCAGUCCCUGCAGGCCCUGCAGCAGUAAUAUAUCUACAAAUUAAAAUCACCACAUCUGAUGAGCUCAGCAAUGGAACCAUCGCUGAGCAUGUCAAUCAGUUUUUGAGAACGACGCUCCUGAACAGCACAGGCUUCACAGUGAACGUGAAAUCCAUUCAGAGGGUCAGAGUUGCCCCAUAG